AUGCUUCAAACAAAGUGGCAAGGGAUGGGAGAGGAGUUGUAUCCUAAAGAUAUCGAAAAUAGAGCAAGCGAACUAGUGGAAGAAAUGCGUAAUGAUUUACUAAAGUUUAAGGGGAUAUUGAAAAAUAAUAUCAGUAUAAGAACUAGUAACAAAAAAGAUUUUGAUUCGUCAAUAAAGUUAAAGAUAAAAAAAUUAGUUAAAAAUCAAGAGGUCAUUGUUCAGGGUAGUUUUGAAAAAAAGAAGUUCUUUAAAGUGGCACAAUUUUCGAGCCUAAUCAAGGAAGUUGAGCAUACCUUCUCAAAAGAAAAAGAAUUAGUUUAUGCUAUCAUAGAUCUAGAGACAACAGGAUUUUCCAAUGAGGAUGAAAUUAUUGAGAUUGCUUACAUUAAUCAAUUUAAACGUCUUUUUCCUGAACAUAAAUGCUAUGAAAAUGAUCAAAAAUACAUAAAUAAGAAUCGCGAUCACAAGGGAUGCUUUAGUCUCGAAAAUAUCAUGCGCCAAAUUACAAAAAAUUCUCUUUAUCAGGAAGAACAUCGGGCCUUGCCGGAUGCUUUAGAUAAUCUGAAAAUAUUUGAAAAAAUAAUGAAAGAAAUUUCCAAAAAACCUGGGGAGAUGGAAAGAGUUUAUAAGAAGAUGGAGAAAAGCAGAAAAAAGAGAAUGAAUAAAGUAAUAAAAAGCAAUUCAAAUUAUUUAGAAAAGAGCACUAAACAAACCAGUUAUUGA